CGUUCGAUAAUUAUUUAUCUUUUCUUCUAUUGCUACAGUUUCCAUUCCAAUAGCGCUUAAAUAUUAACAAUAAUUGGCGAAAUAGUCUCAGUCCCAAUUAUUUUGCAGUUAUGAGAUUUCUUUUCUUGCACACCAUUUUAGCGUAAUAGCUCUCUAAAAGUAGCUAAACUAAAAGUAAACAAUUCGUCCCAAGCGCAAAUUGGAAAAUCUUCAAACGUGGCGUUCCAUUUCAUUCAUAAACGUACGUGUAAUAAUAUGUGGAAAGUGGCAUUUUGAAAUUAAUUCGCUAAAAACAAUAAUAAACACUAAAAAAUACAAAAUGACGGAAGAGACGAUAAUGCUUGUUGGACUCGUUAUUGUUAUGCUUGUUGGUUCAUAUAUGGCGGGAAUGAUUCCAUUGCUGAUGAAGUUAAGUGAGGAAAAAUUAAAAUUUGCUACAGUUUUCGGCGCAGGUUUACUGGUAGGUACAGCAUUAACUGUUAUCAUUCCCGAAGGAAUACGCUCAUUAUACAUGGAUGCCUUAAAACCCAAUUUGCCAGAAGUCUCUACGGGGAAUGGACACAAAGCCGAAAAAGCUCAAUUUGUUUCUACAACAGAUCAUCUGCAUACUGACCAUAUGACAGAAUUGGACUUUUCACGCACGAUUGGUGUAUCGCUUGUAUUGGGAUUUGUGUUUAUGUUGCUUGUGGACCACAUAUCGCAACGUAAAAGCGGAAAUAGUGUGAAUGAAAAAAACAUAACAGCCACACUCGGCUUGGUCGUGCAUGCUGCUGCUGAUGGUGUAGCACUUGGUGCCGCAGCAACGACGACUCACCAAGAUGUUGAAAUCAUUGUGUUUUUAGCAAUCAUGCUGCACAAAGCACCAGCUGCCUUUGGUCUUGUUAGUUUCCUCUUACAUGAAAAAAUUGAUCAUCAACAGAUACGAAAGCAUUUGAUGAUUUUUUCUUGUGCUGCGCCAUUAUUAACGCUUUUGACGUUUUUCGGAAUUGGACAGGAGCAAAAGGAAACACUCAAUUCCAUAAAUGCGACCGGCAUAGCUAUGCUGUUCUCAGCCGGCACAUUUUUGUAUGUAGCAACAGUGCAUGUGCUACCAGAACUAAUACAGUCUAAUUCUCAUUCGCAUUAUGAUUAUCAUCCACUGAGCACUAAAACAAGUGGAAUUGAAUCUCAGGUGGAUAUACAUGCUACUAAUGCGCGAUUUUCGAAAGGCCUUCAUUUCAGUGAAAUGGUAACAUUAAUAUGUGGUGCGUUACUUCCUCUAAUUAUAACUUUCGGUCAUCAUCACUAAAUGAGGAGCCUCACUUUUCUUCCUUCCAUAAAUAAAGAUAUGUAGUUAAUUGGAACGAAACGAUGUUUGACAUUAUGAAAUUGCAACUAAACAUAUCUGUAUCCAAUAUAACGAACUUAAGAUUACUGCGAAAUAAUGUGUAAUCUUUAUCGUAAUUUAUGUCAUCAGCUAUUCAGCAAGACCGUCUAAAUUGAGAUACGAAACUGCUUGGAUUUGGGUUCUGAAGCGUAUUUAAAAAAUGUAAAGUAAGUUAAGGGCCUCGGCGAUAAUGUUGAAAACGUCACAGAAGUAGCAUGUACUCAUGUUUGGAUUAAAUCAACGAGUAGUCUUAUUUAAUCGUCCAAUAGUAUUUAUCUUAAGUUGUUAAGUACGUUUUCUAUAAACUAAUCUUAUAAUAAUGCUUUCAUCUCUUGUAAAUUGUUUUUUAUUUUAUUUACGUUACGGUUUGUAACAUCUUAAAUUUAUUUACUGAGAUAUACAUAAGAGGUCUAGUAAAAAUACAGUUUUUGUAUUAAUAUGAAA